CCAGCAGACGACGCAGUUAAUGUCAAUUGGAUUUUCAAAACGUGUUUUCUGGACCACUUUAAGUUAUCAACGAUUGUGAUAACUUAAAACUUGUAACAAAAAUCUCAAUUGCCAAAAAUAUUAGAUACAGGUUUUAAUGUUUGUUCUACAAAAUCUGUGGAAUCCUUAAAGUUGAAAGAAAAAUUUUAAAAGGAUCAAUAAUGCUGGAAGCAGUACCCUUGAUCAUCACGGUGAUCUUUUCGUUUGUAGUUAAAAAUGUAUUUGGUUCUACUGGAGAUCGCUCCCAAAUGUUCUACAGUUGUGUUAAAGACUGUGUGGAAAAAAACUGUUCAGAUUCAGCACAAGAUUUCCAGUUGUCUCUUCCGUUAAGACUAAUGCAAUGGACAUGCUCUGAUGAAUGCAAAUAUAUGUGUAUGUGGCCAACUGUUAACUGGUUUGUUGAAGCUGAAAUUGGAGUUCAGCAAUUCUAUGGCAAAUGGCCUUUCAUUAGAGUCUUGGGUAUUCAAGAACCUGCAGCAGCAUUAUUUUCAGUUCUCAAUUUAGUUGGCCAUGUAGUUAUGCUAAGGAAGUUUCGCAAAGAAGUCAAUCCUGAUGCUCCCUUCUACGUAAUCACCCACAUUUUUUGCCUUAUAUGUUGUCAUGCCUGGUUUUGGUCCAGCCUUUUCCACAUCAGAGAUGUCCGGUUUACAGAAAUUAUGGACUAUCUGGGUGCAUUCAGCAUGGUGUCAUUUUCUGUCUACCAUUUUAUCAUUAGAUUGACUACUUUGAGACGUUAUAGCUCUCUGUAUUCCUUGUCCUCAGGAAUUGCCAUAGGAUUUUACUUUAUUUAUCACAGCUACACAACUUUCUUUGUCAAAAUGGAUUAUGGAUAUAAUAUGCUCAUCAACAUAGCUUUUGGUGCAAUCAAUAUUUUGGGGUGGUCAAUUUGGUGCUUGAAAUUUUACAAGCAAAGACCCUACGUGAAACAGUGCGCAACAUUCAUUGCGCUGGUUGCCUUCACUACGCUAUUCGAAGUGCUUGAUUUUCCUCCCUUGUUUUGGGUGUUUGAUGCUCAUGCUCUCUGGCAUUUGUCAACUGCACCACUUGCCAUUUUAUGGUACAAAUUUUUGAUUGACGAUUGCCGUUAUUUGGAAGGACUGAAGAUGGAUCUCGAAAAAUUGGCUUAAUUGCGAAGCAAUUUCUAAUAACAUUGAAUAUAUUAGUGCACGCUUGUACGGCCUGAAGUUUAGUACUACUCAGAAGUUUACCUUUCCUAACGCGCAUUUGAGCAGUAGUUCAGCAAUCUCAUAUUCCAUAAAUCCUGUUGUUCAAGCAAA